AAAAAAACGCGAGAGAAAGAAAAGAACAACAGAAGAAGGAAAGAAGUUCAAGAAAUAGAAAAAGAACCGUCAAAGAUGUCACUUAAAGAGGUUCAAGGAAUUUGUAACCAGUAGCGCCAGUAUCGUCCCGCUUUCAAAAGCUUUUACAAUUCCAAAACUGAAGCAGACAAUACAAGGUUUUUGGAAAUACAGAGCAAAAAAUACCGACAAAAGAUAUGCUCAUCUGAAAAGCGGUUUGUUAGAAAGCAACGAGAUGCUGCUACGAAAGCUAAGCCAAUCAUGUUCAUUGGCAAUAGAGGAAUCGGCGUUGGCUCAAGAAUCAAGAGGUAUCAAAGAUAUGGAGGAGAUUGGAAGCAAAAGCUCCAUGAACAAGAAACCCAAGUCUGUAUCACCAACGAGAACAUGACUUCACAGACAUGCGUGUAUUGUUUCAGCAAGCUCGAUCAUCCCAUUCACAAAAGAAUGAUUAAAGGAAAAGAAAUAACUGUCACAAGCAAAGGGCCCUUCAUUUGCCGUAACCCAAAAUGUGUCUUGGUGACCAAAAGACAGCCUGUGAAAUCGAGAGAUACACUCUCAGCCUUGACAGUAGGUCUGCUAGGCCUCUCAUACAUUUUAUUUCAUCGAACAUUCCCGUGUUGUGAAACCAGCCUCAGUCAGUCUAGCACUGAAUUUACCAACAUUACUUCUUCCUUUUUAAAUGCAAGAGAACGAUUAGGCAGUGACGAUGUCACUAAUUGAGAACUUUAAAUUCUUUCGGAGAUUUUGUGUUCUCAUUGGGAGAGUAAGCGCUGGUUUUAAAAAAAGUUUUAUAACGACUUGAAUCAGUGAAGCUGCAAUAUGCUUCUUAUUUUAUGGCUGUGGAUGUUAUCUUUUCUGUUUUUUUUUUUU